ACAAGCAGCACUGAGCGCUGCAUCCUCACCGCCUCUGCUGCCAUCCUCAUCAUCACCAUCCUGCUCACCUUCAUCCUCAUCUUCACCCUCACACACUGACCAGGCGCCAUGCAAACCCCAGAGGCAGGCGCUGACUCCUCAUCCACAGUGCCCCUUCAGACCAGCGUGCCUGUGCAGCCUGCUGUCAACACCCAGCAGGUGCCCUCUCAGGUGCCCGUCCAGCAACAGGCACAGACUGUUCAACAGGUCCAGCAUGUGUACCCACAACAGGUUCAGUACGUGGAGGAGAACAGCGGCGUCUAUACCAACGGAAACAUACGCACAUACUCCUACUCUGAGCCGCAGCUCUACAGCCAGAACAGCAGCGGGAACUACUUCGACACACAAGGCAGCUCAGCUCAGGUGACGACUCACAGCAUGGCCAACAACGGCAACGGUAACGGCGCCCUGGCCAUGGGCCUUUCCGGGGGUCAGAUCAUCAGCAGCUCAGGGGCCUACCUGAUAGGGGCCAACAUCAUGGACAGUUCAGCUCCUCACACUGCAGCACAAACCACCAGGGCUUCACCAGCAACGAUUGAAAUGGCGAUUGAGACGCUGCAAAAGUCUGAGGGUUUGUCCAGUCAGAGAAGUUCGCUGCUCAACAGCCAUCUGCAGUGGCUUCUAGAUAACUAUGAAACUGCAGAGGGGGUGAGUUUGCCUCGCUCCACGCUCUACACCCACUACCUACGCCACUGCCAGGAGGAGAAGCUCGAUCCGGUCAAUGCUGCAUCAUUCGGAAAACUCAUCCGCUCCAUCUUCAUGGGCCUGCGCACACGCCGCCUCGGAACCAGAGGAAACUCAAAGUAUCAUUAUUACGGGAUCCGGGUGAAGCCAGACUCGCCUCUGAACAGGCUGCAGGAGGACAUGCAGUACAUGGCACUACGGCAGCAGCCUGUCCAGCACAAACAGAGGUUUAAGCCAGUACAGAAGGUGGACGGUUUUUCAGGAGACAACUACUCGAGCGGUGGGCAGCACAACCCCAGCGCUGCAGAGCAGACAGUCAUUGCACAGAGCCAGCACCACCAGCAGUUCCUGGAUGCAUCUCGAGCUCUCCCCGAGUUUGUAGAACUGGAUCUGGGAGAGAACGGAGAGAACGGGGAGGACGGAGUCAGCAUGGAGGAUGUCAAAGCUCUUCAGAUACUGUAUAGAGAGCACUGUGAGGCCAUCUUGGACGUCGUGGUAAACCUUCAAUUCAGCCUGAUCGAGAAACUGUGGCAGACGUUCUGGCGCUAUUGCCCUUCCGACUCAGUAGAGGGCGCCACCAUGACAGAAAACAGUGGGAUAAGUGAAAUCGAAGGCCGUCUGCCGCGUGCCAGGCUGCUGCUGCUGUGUCGUAGUGAGGCUGUGCUGAAGUGGAUGAACACGUGUGAUCACCUGAUGUACCAGGCUUUGGUGGAGAUUCUCAUCCCUGACGUACUCAGACCCAUUCCUAGUGCCUUGACUCAAGCCAUCCGUAACUUUGCCAAAAGCCUUGAGGGCUGGCUCACCAACGCCAUGAGCAGCAUACCCCAGAAGAUGACCCAGACCAAGGUAUCCGCUGUUAGUGCCUUUGCUCAGACCCUGCGCAGAUACACGUCUCUGAACCACCUGGCCCAGGCUGCACGUGCUGUCUUGCAGAACACAUCGCAGAUCAACCAGAUGCUUAGCGAUCUGAACCGCGUGGACUUCGCCAACGUUCAGGAGCAGGCAUCGUGGGUGUGCCAGUGUGAGGAGGGCAUGGUGCAGCGGCUCGAGCAGGACUUUAAGGCCACGCUGCAGCAGCAGAGCUCUCUGGAGCAGUGGGCCGCCUGGCUCGAUAACGUGGUCACUCAAGUGCUCAGACCAUAUGAGGACCGGCCCACUUUCCCCAAAGCUGCCCGCCAGUUCCUGCUCAAGUGGUCCUUUUAUAGCUCCAUGGUGAUCAGAGACUUGACCUUGCGCAGCGCUGCUAGCUUUGGCUCUUUCCACCUGAUCCGGCUGCUCUACGAUGAGUACAUGUUCUACCUGGUGGAGCACCGCGUCGCUCAGGCAACGGGAGAGACACCCAUAGGGGUUAUGGGAGAGUUUGCUGACCUGAGCACCAUGUCACCUACCAACAUUGAUAAAGAUGAGAUAAGCGAGCUGGACAGCGAGCUGGACGAGGACAUAGACGACGUGGAAGAGCCGUUGGCCAAGCGGGAAAAAUGUGAACCUGAGGUGAUCCAGGUGCUGCAGGUGGGCUCCAUGUCGGACGGAGGCAGCUCGGUGGUGGGUGUGGUGCAACCAGGCAUGCUGGGUGUGAUGGGGGUGCAGCAGCAGUCCACCAUCCGUCAUUGUGGCGGCGCGGGGAACGCCUACGCCUCUGUGUAACACUAUCCAGCAGCUCUUCUCUCCCUCAGAAGGGUUCUCGUUCAUCCUUCGGUUCGAUUCAUUUCUGUCCCUUCAUCGUUCUCUCAUGUUCAGUUGAUUGUAUUCAACACUAGCAGCUCGUAUGAACUGUAGAACAGAGCGAAGGGGUUCGACUCCUACACGCCCUUAAUGCCGAUAGGAAUCAUUCUUUUUUCUUUUUUUUUAAUGAUGAAGAUCUCAAAUCCAAGCCACUAAGCCCACAGGAAAAAAAACACUGA